AUAUUACACACUCUAGCCUGAAUCGUUGUGAAAUUCCUCACAGUAAAUAUGGCACUAUAGAAAACGGGAAGCGAGCGCAUGCGCCCUAGUGGUGGCGGGAAGGUUGGUGUGCCAGUGUCGGCGCGGAGCUCAGUGUGUCAGCAGGCUACCACAUGACAGUGCCUUGGCCCUGCCCGCGUGUCGCCCUCCAGUGCCCCAGCCAUCCUCACUCUCCCGCGCCUUGGUGCAGUGACAACCCGUCCAGCAGUGAACCCGCGCCCCUGGAUCUGCUGCCACGCGUGUUAUUCGUCACGAUACGUGGAUUAUUAACUCGUCAAUAAUGUCCGAAGAUGAAUUCUUGGCACACGCCUUACCCUAGCACAUCCCAGGACCUGCGCCACUACCACCAGCAACUCUAUCACCAGCAGCAACAUCAACAGCACCACCCACCACCACAACAGCAGCAACAGCAACAGCAGCAGCAGGCACAUCAACAGUCCUCUUACCACUACCACCAGAACCUGCAGCAGCUUCAGCAAUACCAGCACCUGCACCAUCAACAGCAACAGCUGAAUUCCUUGGAGGGUGUGCACAGCGGUGUGCCCACCCGCACCACGCCCACGCUGACGCCCACCACCCUGCGGAACAUCGAGCAGACCUUCCUGGAGCUGUCGAGCGUGCAGCCCCCCGAGACCCACACCAACCAGGCGGGCUUCGUUCCUCCCCUCGUGCAGCCCACAUCAGGCAACACGUACGUCUCAGUGGACAGCAAGUGUUGGGGCGGCGGCACCCUAACACAGAUCCCUCACACCACCGCCGCCUCAACCGGAGUGCAUCUGAGGGCCCCGCCUGCCGCCCACGCCGCCAACUCGCCGCCCGCGCCCCUCACCAUGCCCUCACAGAUCUCCCAGCAGCACCAGACCCAGCGUAGGACGGGCGGACGCAGACCCAUUAAGGACGAAAGGAUCACCGCGGAGGAGGAGGAGCGGCGCUCCCUGCGGCGGGAGAGGAACAAGCUGGCUGCGGCUCGGUGUCGUAAGCGGCGCCUCGACCAGACCAACAUGCUGCAAGACGAGACGGAUGAGCUGGAGGACAAGAAGUCUGAGCUGCAGACGGAGAUCCAGCUCCUGCAGCAGCAGCGGGAUGAGCUCGAGUUCCUGCUGGCCACGCACAAGGCCGUGUGUCGCCGCCGCGUGCAGUCAGCCGCCCCCGCCCCCGCCGUGACCACCGCAGUGCCCACCAGCGUGGCGCCCGUGUCCGCCGCCGCCACGAUGGCCAACACGCAGGUGCGGGUGGUGAAGAAGCAUCAGCCUUCCGUGCUGGUGAAGGAGGAGCCCAUGGAGGAAGAGAGUGUGCAGGUGCAGCCCGCCGCCCCCCCAACCACCAGGCCGCGCCGACCCACCAGCCUCAACGUGGCGCCCGUGGCCCUUCGAACUCCCUCCGUGGCUGACCUCGGCGUGUCCAUCGAGACGCCCUCCGCCGGCCUGCGUGGCCUCAACUUCGACUCCAUGAUGGAGGGCGGCACCGGCCUGACGCCCGUCACCAGCGGCACGGGACUCACGCCGCUGCACACCGGCCUCACUCCGCUCUCCACGCCCGUCGUGUCGGCGCCCUCAGGCUCAGUCUCCAACUCCAACAACUGCGGCACUCAGCAGCGGUCCUCCUCCUCUGACCUCUCCUCCCCUGAAUCUGUCCCGCCCAAGCUGGUGUCCCUCUGAGGUUCGUCCCCUCCCCUCUCCCCUUCGUCCACCCCCUUGCCACUCCCACCCCACGCCCGUGAAGGCUAGUCCCGCCGCCGCCAUUGACACAGCCGCGGGUCCUGUCCUGUGCCCCGUGGCCGCCCUCACAACUUCGUCAUUCAGCAAGUCAGCAGCAGGACGUUUCCGGAACUCAUCAUCCGUCAGGAACACUUAGCGCCCUCCCACACCACCCUCCCACACCGCGCCCACUCUUUGUGCCCCGUGCUUUUGACAGGGGCGGGGCAGGGCGUGGCGUGUGGGUGGCGGGGUGCAGGGCAUACCAAUCACGCGGCGCCCCCAUGCAGUGAUCACUUUCUGUACUAUGCAACGAGUCGUAGCAAACAAAAGCAGUUCCAUGCAAUUUUUCGCAUUAAAGUGUUUUUACUUGUUGAUGUUGCUUAGUGUAAGGAAUAUCUUUGUCUUUGUAUACUUUCUUUUUUUUGACACGUUGACCAUAACAUUCACGUCUUGGCCUAGGUAAUGUUAGAGUUUUCCUCCCACCAACACCAACACUCUUACCUCCGUGUGUACGUAGCGCAGCGCUCAACCAAAGAAAGAAGGGAAGGCGGCUGGGGCGAGGGACGGAGGGAGGGAAGGAACAGGGACCUUUUCACCCCUUCCACACCUUCCCCUCCCUCUCUCACCCCACACGCAGCCGCAAGGAGUCAGGUUCACGUAAACGGCUUCAGUCUAUACGGCAAAGAUAAUAACUAAACAGUCGUGGGUGCUACUGACUGAGAUAAGAGAUAAAAGAUAAUAAGCUCAUGGCAAGCUUUUCCUUUUCAUCUCCCUUUCUCGAUACCUCCCCACGUAUACCUGCUGCCUUUCCUUCUCAUGUGUUCCUCUUCCCCUUCCUCCUCCUCACUUUCCUUUUUAUCCUCUACUCCCACUUCCUUCUCCUCCUCACUUUCCUUGUUAUCCUCCACUUCUUCAUUCUCCCCUUCUUUCUCCUCCGCCUCCUCCUCGUCCUUUACUUGGCUUCCUCUUCCAAUUCCUCUUCAUUUAAAGUGUUAUCCUCCUAUUCCUUCUCCCCUUCUUUCUCCUCGGCUUAUUCCUCGUCCUUUACUCUUCCCCUUCUCUUCAUUUUCCUUAUCUUUCACCCUCACUUCUUUUCCCUUUCUCCUCCGCCUCUUUCUCGUCCUUUACUUCUCCCUUUCUCUUCAUUUUCCUUGCUAUCUUUCCCUUCGUACCCCUUUUUUUCUCCUCUGCCUAUUCCUCGUCCUUUACUCUUCCCCUUCUCUUAAUAUUCCUUAUCUUCUACCCCCAUUUCCUUUCCCUUUCUCCUCUGCCUCUUCCUCGUCCUCUUCGUCAGGGGUACAAGGAAGUGAGGAUGGGUUUUGUAUUUCCGCGGUAGUAGCGUCAUGAGCACUUGAUAAUAGAGUGUGUGUCCCUCGCUGCCCUGAGGAAAAAAAAAAAAAAAACACCACCAGUUACUACUAUUGAUACGAUUAAUAUUUAUAACUAGUCUAGCUUUCGUACAUUCAUAUGAUAUAAGAAGUCAGAUCUAUUUAUACCAGAGUAUUUAGAUAAUAUUUUACAAUAAAACGGAAAUGCCUA